GUUGUCAGUAGGGACUCAUUGAGUGCGUUUGUUGCCAGGUCGUGUGCUGAAGCUGCGCUUUCUUCUGCUAUUACAAAUUACAACGCGACGUGAUUUGGUGGAAAAGUGUGUGUUCGUGUGUGAAGUUCGAGCUAAGAGCGGCAGGAGACGUACAAAAAUAGUACGCUGAUGUGUAUGUGGGGAUUCCCGCCUUGCUUAUGUGUCGCAGAAGUAAUCUCCGGAGACGGUGAACCAUGGAGUUCGACCCUUCUUUCCGGCAAUCACUUUCUCGUUCUUGGAAGUGAUGUUUGAACGCGUCAAAUUACGGUGGCUCUGUUCUUAGGCUCAAGACGAAACAUGAAAUAAGAGUCAGAAUAUCGCCUCCCCGAUCGUAGGUUGUGGUGAGAUGCGAUCUAAAUAGCAAAGCGGAACGGUUUGUGAGAAUUAAGUAGAGCAGAAAUAUGCGGAACGAUUUGACUGAAAACGCAAGAUAACGCCCGAUAUUAAAUGGUACAGUGAAAUUGCUUUCCCAGAAGGAAAGUCGACGAAGAGGUGACCAUAGAACGUGUGAGUUAGGCUUCAGGACCUGCAGAAUGUGAACAUACAGUGUUAUGGAUCUGUUAGCAGUGGGCGCGUGAUGAAUUGACAUAUUUGUAAGAAGGAAACUUGAAACGAUGCUGGAGUUUGUGAAACGUGGAAAUGUGGACAAUGCGCCACCAGCAAGAUACUACGCUCAGUAUAUGAACGUAAACAGCAACAGACAUGGCAGUGUGAGAGAACAACAGUGCCAGCAUUUUGCCGCCAAACUCCUCUGCUCUCUUCACUGUGUCGAUAGAUAUGCGAAGGAACAAGCGAAUAAUUCUUGGCGGUUUCAUGUUGGAAGACAUGAGGGAGUAUCUCAUCCUAACUCCCAACAGCAUACACAACAGCAGCUGCAACAACAGUUACAGCCAGGUGGUAUGAGCACUCCAGAGGGCCGCUGUGGCACCCCGCCAGCCACAGGGAGCCCUGACCGCCUGGAUAAAGCCACACUCAAGGUGCAUCUCCCCAAUGGUGGCUUCAAUGUGGUUAAGUUUGGAGAUGCCAUUGAUGUGAAGGGUAUCAUAACCCUGAUAACAAGUCGCUUGGCCACGGGACAGCGGGCGUAUCAGCACCUAUAUGCCAUGAGGUUACAACACCCGCCCACAGGGGAAGUGUACUGGUUGCACCAGGACACCACCAUGUACCAGGUGCAAGAAAAGUAUGAGCGCAAACACCCACACUCGGAAUGGCGAUAUGAGCUGAGGGUACGCUAUUUACCACAGAAUCUCACUGAUUUGUAUGAGAAGGAUCGAGUUACCUUUUACUACUACUAUGAUCAGGUGCGGAACGACUACCUGUGUGCAGACCAUGCUGCUUUGGACCAGGAUGUUGCCGUUCAGUUGUGCUGCUUGGAAAUUCGUUAUUUUUUCAAGGAUAUGCCACAGAUUGCCCUUGACAAGAAAUCAAACUUGGAGUAUCUUGAAAGAGAGGUUGGGUUGCACAAGUUCUUGCCAAGAGCUGUGCUAGAUGGCAUGAAGCCCAAGGCAUUGCGAAAAUUAAUCCAGCAGCAUUUCAAAAAGGUGGCAGCUCUUUCUGAGCUUGAAUGUAUGUUCAAAUUCUUUGAGCUCCUUCGAGCUCAUUAUCGUUUCGACCAGGAGAGGUUUCGCUGUGAUCUUGGGUCAGGGUGGUCCAUUCCAGUAGAGCUAGUCAUAGGGCCUGAUCUUGGUAUAUCAUACAUGACUCAUCGAGCCACUACUAGGUGCUUCCUGUUUCAGCCAACACGAAUGGCGGAGUUUGAUAGGAUCCAGGCCAUCCAGACAUUAGUGUCGGACUGUGAAACGCAUCGAAAAGCUGUUGUGCAGCUUCGGGUAGCUGGUACCACCGAGACACUCACCAUAACCUGUCCAUCACUGGAAGUUGCUGAGAGUUUGGCCGACCUCAUCGAUGGGUACUGUCGCCUUGCCACACAAUCAACUACUUCCCUCUGGAACAGAAAAGCUGCAAUAUGGAAGCACUACCCCUGUCCUUGUUCACUCAAAGAUGCUCACCCUCCAAAGUACCGCCAACAGCAGCAGCAUGGAGUUGGUUCACGACAAGCUAGUGGAGGGUCAGGCAGUCCAGAGACAACAGCAGCUCAGACUGGCACCAUGCUGUCGGAGGACUACGCAGAGAUAGUGGAUGAGGAGGGUGACUACUCAACACCAGCCACACGUGACUAUGAGCUGGUUAGAAACCAGGUGGAAUUAGGGGAGAUUAUAGGUGAGGGACAGUUUGGUGAUGUCCAUAAAGGAACGUUCAAGGGACGAGACAGUCAGCUGAUCCCAGUAGCUGUCAAGACCUGCAAGGCUGAUGCUGACCUGUCAACAGCUGAGAAAUUCUUAGAAGAGGCCUAUAUCAUGCAGCAGUUUGACCACCCUCACAUCAUAAAGCUGAUUGGCGUGUGUUCAGAGAGUCCAAUCUGGAUUGUGAUGGAGCUGGCGAGGCUGGGAGAGAUGCGAGCAUACCUACAGAGCAACAAACACCGUUUAGACUUGGCAACGUUGCUGCUUUAUACAUUUCAACUCAGCACUGCACUUUCAUACCUUGAAUCUAAGAAAUUUGUGCAUAGGGACAUAGCUGCUCGCAAUGUGUUAGUGUCAGCUCACAACUGUGUGAAGUUGGCUGACUUUGGUCUGAGUCGUUGGGUGGAAGACCAGAGUUACUACAAGGCUAGUAAGGGCAAGCUACCUAUUAAGUGGAUGUCUCCAGAAUCCAUUAACUUUAGGCGCUUUACUACAGCCAGCGAUGUGUGGAUGUUUGGUGUAUGUAUGUGGGAAAUUCUUAUGCUGGGAGUAAAACCAUUCCAAGGCGUGAAGAACAACGAUGUCAUUGGGAAGAUUGAGAGUGGCGAGCGGUUAGCCCUUCCACAAAACUGCCCACCACGUCUCUACAGCCUCAUGUCUCAAUGCUGGGCGUAUGAACCGUCCAAACGGCCUAGCUUCAAGGACAUACGUGAAGUUCUCAAUGAAAUUUUAAUGGAGGAAAGGCAUCAGCAGCAAGAAACCAUGAGAAGGGAGAAUCGACGUGUCCAAGCCAUGUCAUGGGGUUCGACAGGAUCAGACGAUCCCCCUCCACCAAAACCCUCAAGGUUUCCCAUUCUUGGUGCUGCAAACUCAACUUCUCUUGCCUCAUUGACGGGCGCAAUGAGUGGAGGUGGCUCCAUCAACAACACAACUCCUGCCCCGACCACGUACAUUGUUGCACAGAAUCCAGAGGUCCUGGUUCAGCUUCUGCGUGAAAAUGAAUCCAGAGGAAUUUCACCCUCUGUCUACACUACACCAGCAUCAGCAUUCAACACUUUAGCGGUAGAUUUUGAAAAAAAUACUUCUGCUUCACCUUCUUCAACUACGACUACACCUCCACCACAAUCAGCUUCCGCACCUACCCAACCAUCACAGGCAGUGAUUUCAACUCCAGUCAGUUUAUCCCAGUCCCCUGUUAUCUAUGGUGUUUCCAAGAAAAUUACUUCUUCAUCCAAAAGUGUCUCUUCUCCGCCACUAUCUGUUAUUGGCUCCCAUUCUUCCACGAGCUCCCCUACAACCAGUCCUUCAACCUCUAAUGUUCCAGCCAGUAGUGUGGUACCUGUUGCUUCACCUGUUUUACGAAAAGUAUCAAAACCAAAAACCAAAGAGAUCGGACCAUAUCAUUCCAGUAACAGUCCUGUUGUGGGAGGGGUUUGUGUUCUUCCCCCUCCACCCGGCUCACUAACUGGUUCUCCUCCUGCAGCUGCAACAACAGCAGUAGCCGUUACUGAGGUUUUAACUCCUUCAUCUUUAGUUUCAUCAGCUAUCAGUGAUGGUGCCACAAUUUCAUCAACAUCCUUCACUUCGUCUUAUGGUGGUGGACUUGACUUGGAUUCUUCCUCAUCCCAGCAGUCAAUGACAAGCAGCUGCGCUAAUGUACGAGAGGAUGGUGGAGGCCAGAACCAGAUGACUCCGGCUGCUAGCGUGUAUGGAGAUGAUUUGCUGGAAGAUAGUGGUGGUGGAGGGGACAGCAGCCACCUGGACCUGGAGCUGGAGCAGCAGUUACUAGAGCAGAGACUGCGACAACAGCAGCGAGAAUCUGAGGAGGAUGGGCGGUGGUUGGCUGAGGAAGAAACAAAUCUGAAGAAGCGACUGUCCAUCGCAACGAGCUUAUCAGACCGAUCGGACACAGAUUCUGUUGACGGCUCUCCACUGCAUCAUGCUGGCAGUGUUUCAACCCCUCCCCUACCUUCCUCUGCCACACCUCCUUCAACCAUCUGCCGCACAAGCUCACAACAUGAUUCUUCUGAACGGGAUCGUUCAUCAACACCUCUUAGCAACGGUUCAGCUGAGGAGAGGGUCAUUGUUGUCAAGAAGAUGGAACCAACACCAACAGCUGACUUAGAUCGCUCCAAUGACAAAGUGUAUGACUGUACUACCAGUGUGGUUAAGGCUGUUAUGUCAUUGUCGCAAGGUGUUCAGCAGAGUCAGGUGGAUCAGUACCUGGAACUAGUUCGACGUGUGGGCAUUGAACUACGGGCACUGCUCUCUAGUGUGGAUACUCUUGUUCCUAUCUUUCCAGUCUCAGCUCACAGAGAGGUGGAGAUGGCACACAAAGUGCUGAGUAAGGACAUGGGUGAACUAGUCAAUGCCAUGAAAUUAGCACAGAACUACAGCUGUACUACUUUGGAUGCUGAGUAUAGAAAGGGAAUGUUAUCAGCUGCACAUAUUUUGGCAAUGGAUGCUAAGAACUUGCUCGAUGUAAUUGACUCUAUUCGAAUCCGUUACCCAGAUGUAAACACCUACAUCUGCACAGGUGUACCUGUACAAACUGUUGAAAAUGAUGUAGGUGAAGUUCAGCGAGAAGUAAGGCCAGCAUUGCAUGAAGCUCCAUCCACCAUCACACAGGAUACACCAUCAUUUGGAAGUCUGGAACGACAGAGAAAAUUGGCUGUGCCAAGUUUAGCAGUAUCCAACGUAAUGGUUCAGCAACCCAUAUAUAGUGCAGCCACUAAACCACUAUUAUCAUCUACUGCAUCAGCUGUCCCCAUCAUGCAAAAGCCUGCAAAUAAACUGAGCAGUGGGGCUGGGUCAUUAGCAUCAUCUAACCCAACAGAUAGCUAGCAAGAAUAUGUGAUCAUAUUUGUAAAAUACCAAAAUAGAUUCAUCUUUAUUAUACUUAGUUUGGAAAAGUAUCUAAGUAAUAUAAACAACGUAAGAAAUAUCCACACAGUGUUAUAGAUAGCACAGUUUCUUUUAAAAAAUAAUAAUGUAAAUUUUGCGUUGCUGAAUGCUCAUUUCACACCGAUACAAAUUAUUGUAAUUUUUUGUUCCAGAUGGACUGAUAAAUGGUACCAUAUUUUAUUUUAUUUUACUUAUUUUUUAAUGUUGACAUAAGUAUUGCCAACUAAUUCAUGUUUCUGUCUCUUCAGUUUUCUUUAUUUUGUGUACAGUUUAUUGAUAGCUGAGGAUUUGUAAUAUCACAGUCAAUUUAACACAUUUUGUUGUUGAAAGUAACAUGUCAGGUACAUGUUAAUUAUUUGUCCAUUUUCUGUAAACAACAGUGUACCAAUACUAAGUCAGGCAUGUCAAACUUGGAACACGCUAAAAGCCUUUGGGUGAUCUGUCAAUUUCAUUGGGGCUAUAUACCGAACAAAAUUAUAUGAUAUUGGACAUGUAUGAUAAUGUGCGAGAUUAUUGUAUUCAAGAUGAUGACGGAAGGGGCAGACUAAGUUACUAGCAUGAGGAACACAAAGAUACACAUACACAGGGACCUGAACAAAUGAAUCAUGGACUCGGAUCAACAAUCUGCAUGUCUUUCUCCUAGUCUCAUAUUAUUAUUAUUCUUUAAACAGUCCACACUCAUAUUUGUUUCUAACAUCAGCCAUUGAAUGUUGCCAUGAGUAGUCGGCUCUCGUGCAUCAUGUGUGGGGAAAAGUUUGAAUUUUGGCUGGGUGAUGCUUUUGUAGUUUCCUGUGUCCUGCCAGCUUCGUAUUUAUUCCUAUGAAACCAUUUCUCAUUUCGGAAUGUAUAUUUUCAGCAGCUGAUAACAGCACCAUUACAUAAAUUAAAUAAUCAGACAUUAACAUCAGUGGUAAAUAUGAUUUAAUUGAAUGGCUAUGUUAUUUCAUCAGUUUUCAGUCAUUCAUAACUUGUUAAAAUCAAAUAUAAAUUUAUAUGAAUAUGAUUUGGAAAAAAAUGCAUAUAUUUUAGCAAAAUUCCAAAAUUAUUCAUUGAAUGUUGUUGACUCUUCCACAGCUUCCAUUAUUUGUUUAUUCUUUAUGUUGGUGUUAUUGACUGGAAGGAUUUGAAAGUAAAACAUGUUGACCUAUGUUGGCUUUAAAUCAUACCAAGUUUUGUUAAUAUUGCUCAGCUGCUUCAAUACGUAUCUUUUAGUAACUGGAUUUUGGGCCCCCCAUGAUUUUAUUUGUGGAUUAGGCCACUUCUGCAACUGGAAUUCCACAUGAACGGGAGGACGUACUAGGAUCUUAAACUUCUACCAGACUACAUGGCACAACAAUCCAGAAGACAGUCAUCUUCAGACUCACCACUAUGAAAACCUCAAAUCCUACAUCUGGAAGACUACUCAGAAUCAUAACCCAGAAGAACAGGGUCCACAGUUUCACUGCUGUGAAAACCUUGAAUCUCAUGUUUAUGAACAUUUUGUAUAUUUUUUAUACCCCCCUUAUAAUUUUGCAUGAUGUUUAGUUUCAAAGUUGUAUUGUAGUUCGCAUCUGAUUGUCUUUUAGAUAGGUGUAAAGAAAUAUGAAAUAAUUAAAUAAUAAUGGCAAAAUUUAAAUGCCUGUGUGCAGGAAAUUAAUAUUUCACUCAUGACAGAACAUUUCUUCCAGAAGAAUUUGAUUCCACGCAAUCUCCGAUUAUACGCCACUCUCACUAGUUAAUGAAUGCAAAAAAAGAGAUGCAGGUAAUGAGAUCACUUUAUCGUUUAGAAUUUAAGUGGAAAAAUUUAGAUUUACAUACUGAAUAAAUUUGUUUGUAAUGGUAUUUGUAGGUUCACUUGUAUAUGACUGACAACCUGAUUUGUUGGAACUUGUUGAUAGUUCAGACAAGGGUGUCAUUCAUUGUUAAUAAUGUGAUGGGCCCCAUUCAGAAUCAGAUAAUUUAGCUAAAAUAUUUUCCAAAAUAUGACCUGCUAAGUGCACUAUGUUAAGAGAAAUAGUAAUAAUUGGUGUAGGUAAAAGGUUCUGAUGGAGUUGGAACCAAGAAAUGCCAUGUAUAUAACAUGGUACAAUAAACUUACGAAUAUUUGUGUGUUCUUAUUGUUUGACAUUCCUGAUUUUAAAAGUCUACUAGCUGCUACCUGUAGUACUCACUGAAUAUAUGUACUGUAACAAAAUUAUAGACAUGCAUUUAUAUGAUUUUCUUAUGUGAUAUUAUGUUGUAAUUUGUAGUGUCAAACAUCAGUCCUAUAAGCAGUAUGUGGCUUUUGAAUGAAGUACUACUACAUUUUAAUACGUUACCAGAGACUUGUCCCUGCAAUUAAUGUGAAAACAAAAGAAACUAUGAUCAUUGGUUAAAGAUAUUCUGUUUUAAUGUUUUCUCAUCUGGCGUUUGUUUAGUUAUGUGAAGAAAUUUAUUUACAGGGUCCUUUUUAUAGGUUAUGUUCAUCUUCCUAAGGCUUGCUGUUAUCCAUAUAGAAACAUGUAUUUAGCAGAAACAUAUACGCAUGGCACUGUGGUGGUCACAUUAAAAUUUUAUGUGUUCCAAAUUUAUCUCUUUUGCACACUCCUCACAUUAGUCUUUUUAAAAAAUUAAAUUUGAAGUUUCAGAUUUUAGACCUUUAUUGUAUGAGCGAAUAUGGGAUUUAAACCCCCAUAUUAUGAGAUCAUGCUUAAGCUGUGACACAUAAGUCAUAAGGGUUAAGUUACUGGAAUGCUUUCUGGCAGUUCCUUUGUUAUUCAGAGAAACAUUUAUGAUUUGUUGAGACUUUGACCUUUAUUUCUGGGCAAGUUUGGAACAAAGAUAUCAAAGUAUGAUUUGAGGUUCUGAUUGCAAUGUGAAUACAGAUGAUAAUCUUAUCAUUCCAUGUAAGCUAAAGUUAGCCAAAAUAAUGGAUGCAGAAUGUUUUUGUGAAAACUAAGCAUACAGUUAAAAUACUAAGAGAUAUAAACAUUUUCACACCAUCCCACACGUUUUGUGUGAUUUGAAUACUUAAACCAUUUACCCCUAAAUAUAAGCAUAUUUAUGUUUUUAUACAUUCUUUGAAGUGCAGAAAAUGAUAUAAAGAUGGGGAGACCAAUUAUGCUUGUUUGUCCACAAUUUUUUUUUUUGCAUGUUUCAUCUUAAAAUAUAUAAACAGAUUCUGUCCAUGCUUUAUGCAUUCUUUGGAUAAACUAAAAAUUACCUCAUAAUUGGGAGGUAAUAUUUGUAUGUGUGGGCAUAUUUUCCAGGCAAAAGUUAUAGAUUUGAAAUACAUAAAUAUUUUAUGGUAUGCACAUAUUUUUCAUUUCUUGUAUCCCUUUUGAAGAAUAUAAUAAAAUAUCUGUAUAGAAAAUGCUUAUGACAGUUGCAUUGUCUGUGGCUGUUCUAAUGAUAAUUUUAAAUGCCUGCGACUACUGGUGUUUACUUUUUCUAAUUUUGCAACAUUAAAGAAGAAUGAGUGAGUUUAAUUGUGUAAAACAUUUUCAGUUAUAAUCUUUGUCCAUUCGGUACCAUGUGCUGACAUCAAUUGAAGUUUUGUGCAAGUGUAGCAUGCUUUUUCAGUGAUGCUGUCCAGUGCAGCUGUGAUUUAUGAAUAAAACCUAUCUUACUUCAGUGUUAUGACAUACACCAGACAGAGAUCUAGCUCGUACUGGGGGCUAUUUCCCAAAGGGUAAAGUAGCCGGUUCAUGAAGCUGAAUAUUCACCUCAAUCUUGUCAUUCCUGGGUUUAAGAAUUUGUAGAGUUACACAUCCACUUCUUACGUAUUCAUUGUGUUGUGCUUAAGUAAGUAUAGGGACUACUUUACAUUUCAAAUUACUGCAUCUUUUUAUGAUGACUUUUUUAUUAUAGAUUCUUAAUGAUUCUGUCAUUAUGAGGAAUAUUCCUAUGUCAUUGUAAUUGAAGGUUUUAGAGGAUAUUAAUUCAAUUUAUCUGAUCAGAGGUUGUGUGUAAAAGAGGUAAAUUUCCAGUUGAAACCUUGUAUCUGGUUUUGUACAUGCCUAAAUGAUGGGAUUUUAUUUGUGUCCAAUUCGUAAUAGGAUAUUGUUCACUUGCAGGAAGACUUGAAUCAGUUUGUCGAAACUAGCAGCUGAUGUUAAAUCAGCCUCAUGUUUGUUUCCCACUAUAGGGAAGGUCUUCACCUUCAGGUAUCUGUGUAGCUUAUUUUUGGUAGAAUAGCAUAAAUUUUGCAAGUGUGAGAUUGUUUAAAUUACCCAAUGCUUAGGGUACGGCUGGAUGUUCUGUUGGAACUUGGAGUAGAGUGUAAAUGUGUGUGAAUUUUCCAUUGUGAAUUUAAGAUAUUUUUGCCAGCAGUAUUUAUAUACAUAUAUAUUAUAGAUAUUUUACUUCCCCAUUCUUAUGGCAAAGAAUGAGCAAGUUAUAGAAGAAAAUGCCAUAAUGCUCAUAAAUUUCAUUUGUUGUAUAUUAUGUAUACUGACUUAAUAAAUGUGAAUAUCACACUUAUUAUCAAUAAAAACCUUAUUUACCAAA